UGGGGCAGUUGUGAGUGACUCGUGCGUCAAGAUCAACGUGGCUCCCUACCCCAGUUCCCAUUCGAACCCGGGUCACCUGUUCAGGCAGGGGCGUGCACAGACUGACUUAUAGGGUAGCAUGUGUGGGAUUGGUCGGAGUUUAACGCCAUGACAUUCGUUUUGUUGAGCUGUCAAUGAGCUGUCAUAUUGCCGCGCGGUUCUGACGGUGACGGGCCGUCAAAUUACGUGCGGGGCGGCUGUUCUGACAUUCGGCGCAGUAGUGCUGUGGUCUGCAGUUCUAUAGAGCCUUGGUCUGCAGAGCACAGCCAGAGGCCGACCGGCGCCGGCGCGGUGGGGUUUUACGCCGCUCACUCCGUCAUCCAGUCUGUGUCGGGUGGAACGCUGGGGGGGUUUAGUCUGUCACUGGUGUCCGUGGCCGCUGUCCGUGGCUUAGUCUACCACCGGUCUCCGAUCAGUUGACAUGGGGCGUCUUGUGUCGGUAUCUGCCGCAGUGGCUCUGGUGCUACUGCUCUGCUGCGCCGAACUGCGGGCUCACGAGCCUUUGACAAGCUGCAAGAAGAAGUGCCCCACCGGCCAAGAAUGUAAGCUGGUGCGGAAAUGCUGGAAGGGCCUGUGGUGUUUCUCAUUGGCGGCGUGUGUUGACGUGCAGCCGCCGGCGCCGUCCGGGCCGCCGAGCUGUCAGGCGAUCCGCUGCGCCGGCACCCAGGUGUGCGUGCUGCAGGAGGUGGUGUGCGCCGCCGUCACCCAGCCCUGCUACCCGGUGCCGGUCUGCAUCGACGACCCGUGCGCACUGGCCCUCUGCGGCCAGCCGGGCACGCGCUGUGUGACCCAGCGGCGGCCGGACGCGCAGCCCGCCUGCACCCCGUUCCCCGGCUGCCAGUUCACCUCGGCCUGCGUGCCGAGGGCCCGGCCGAAGCCCGGCUUCUGUCCGGCGGCCAGCCUGGUGCCGGCCGACAGCGUGAAGCCGUGCACCUACGACAACGACUGUCCGUCGAGCCUGCUCUGCUGCCGCGGCGCCUCCGGCAGCAGCAGCUGCACGGCGCCCGCGUUCCCGAACCCCUGCGACGGCGUGACCUGCGGCCCAGCCGGCCCGACCUGCCGCGUGGUCGACGGAGUGGCGGGGUGUCUGGACCGGGUCUGCAGCCCGGGACCCGACUCCUACUUCUGCCAGAACAACACGCAGACGUUCUGCUCUCAGAGCGCCGCAAUCAUCCGCACCGACCUCCCCUGCUAAAGGUCAUCGCCACAUGUGCUCUAAUAGGAAGUAAUGCAAUCUUACCGGUAAUGGUCUUAUUGCCUAAUUCGGUGUCAGACAUGUCAUUCCCGUAGUAUGGGUCUUUGAUAGUUAAUGCUAACAGAACUGACUGAAAUUACUGAAAUUAUAUGUUCCAACAAAUCAAUUUCACCCAUGUGUCUCGAAAAACAUGCAAGCGACAAUACAAAAUACGUAUCGCGACAAUCAUAGACUGUGUGUAUAAGAUGACAUAUAAUGCACGACACGGCA